GUCCCGUCGGUGGCGCCUCGCUCCCCGCUCGCUCGCGCAGACCCGGGGCCGGCGGUGGCGGCCGGCGACUCCGCGCGAUCCCUCCUGGGCGGUCGUGGCUUGCGCCCCGCGGCAUGCGCCGGUGACCGAGCGCGGUGCCGAGCGAGAGGCAACCGUGGCCGAGGAGUGUGAGGAAGAGGCUGUCUGUGCCAUUAUGUGCGCCUCGGUCAAGUACAACAUCCGGGGUCCGGCCCUCAUCCCGAGAAUGAAGACCAAGCACCGAAUCUACUACGUCAGCCUCUUCUCCAUCGUGCUGCUGGGCCUCAUCGCCACCGGCAUGUUUCAGUUCUGGCCCCAUUCCAUCGAGUCCUCCAGCGACUGGAGCGUAGAGAAGCGCAGCGUCCGCGACGUGCCGGUGGUCCGGCUGCCCGCCGACAGCCCCGUCCCCGAGCGGGGCGACCUCAGCUGCAGGAUGCACACGUGCUUCGAUGUCUACCGCUGUGGCUUCAACCCCAAGAACAAGAUCAAGGUGUACAUCUACUCUCUGAAAAAGUACGUGGACGAGCUCGGCGUGCCGGUCAGCAACACCAUCUCGCGGGAGUACAACGAACUGCUCACGGCCAUCUCCGACAGCGACUACUACACCGACGACAUCAGCCGGGCCUGCCUGUUCGUCCCGUCCAUUGAUGUCCUUAACCAGAACACGCUCCGCAUUAAGGAGACCGCACAAGCCCUGGCCCAGCUCUCUAGGUGGGAUCGAGGUACAAACCACGUGCUGUUCAACAUGUUGCCCGGAGGCCCCCCCGAUUACAACACGGCGCUGGAUGUCCCCCGAGACAGGGCUCUGUUGGCUGGUGGUGGCUUUUCUACAUGGACUUACCGCCAGGGCUAUGAUGUCAGCAUUCCCGUCUACAGCCCGCUGUCGGCCGAGGUGGACCUUCCGGAGAAAGGGCCAGGCCCCCGGCGGUACUUUCUCCUGUCCUCUCAGAUGGCCAUCCACCCCGAGUACCGAGAGGACCUGGAGGCCCUCCAGGCCCGACAUGGCGAGUCGGUGUUAGUCCUGGACAAGUGCUCCAAUCUCUCGGAGGGCGUCCGCUCCGUCCGCACACGCUGCCACAAGCACCAGGUCUUCGAUUACCCCCAGGUGCUGCAGGAGGCCACUUUCUGUGUGGUCCUUCGAGGUGCUCGGCUGGGCCAGGCGGUCCUGAGUGACGUUUUACAUGCCGGCUGUGUCCCAGUUGUCAUCGCAGACUCUUACGUUUUGCCCUUCUCUGAAGUUCUUGACUGGAAGAGGGCGUCUGUGGUUGUGCCGGAAGAAAAGAUGUCCGAAGUGUACAGUAUUUUGCAGAGCAUCCCCCAGAGGCAGAUUGAAGAAAUGCAGCGGCAGGCACGGUGGUUCUGGGAAGCGUACUUCCAGUCCAUUAAAGCCAUUGCCCUGGCCACUCUGCAGAUCAUCAAUGACCGCAUAUAUCCUUACGCUGCCCUGUCCUAUGAAGAAUGGAAUGACCCCCCCACUGUGAAGUGGGGCAGCGUGAGCAACCCGCUCUUCCUCCCGCUGAUUCCGCCGCAGUCCCAAGGCUUUACCGCCAUCGUCCUCACCUACGACCGGGUGGAGAGCCUCUUCCGGGUCAUCACCGAAGUGUCCAAGGUGCCCAGUCUGUCCAAGCUGCUCGUCGUCUGGAAUAAUCAGAAUAAAAAUCCCCCAGAAGAGUCUCUCUGGCCCAAAAUCCGGGUUCCAUUAAAAGUUGUGAGGACCGCUGAAAACAAACUGAGUAACCGUUUCUUCCCUUACGACGAAAUCGAGACGGAGGCCGUCCUGGCUAUCGAUGAUGAUAUCAUCAUGCUGACCUCCGACGAGCUGCAGUUCGGAUACGAGGUGUGGCGGGAGUUUCCUGACCGGCUGGUGGGGUACCCAGGGCGUCUGCAUCUCUGGGACCAUGAGAUGAAUAAGUGGAAGUAUGAGUCGGAGUGGACCAACGAGGUGUCCAUGGUGCUCACGGGGGCAGCGUUUUAUCACAAGUAUUUUAAUUACCUGUAUACCUACAAAAUGCCCGGGGAUAUCAAGAACUGGGUGGAUGCUCAUAUGAACUGUGAAGACAUCGCCAUGAACUUCCUGGUAGCCAACGUCACGGGGAAAGCUGUCAUCAAGGUAACACCGCGAAAGAAAUUCAAGUGUCCUGAGUGCACGGCCAUUGACGGGCUUUCGCUAGACCAGACGCACAUGGUGGAGAGGUCUGAGUGCAUCAACAAGUUUGCUUCAGUCUUUGGGACGAUGCCUCUCAAGGUGGUGGAGCACCGAGCUGACCCUGUCCUGUACAAAGAUGACUUUCCUGAGAAACUGAAGAGCUUCCCCAACAUCGGCAGCUUAUGAAACCGAUCACCGAGGGAGGUCUGAAUGUUAUGCGGGGACAAAGUAGGAGAGCAGAGCCUCCUGGCACCCUGAUGUCAGCUGGAUAUGGGGGGUCGUCAACUGACAUACUGGACGGUGACACCCAACCUGCUUCCUCAAGAACUGGAGCCUAGAGAGAGCGUGCUAAGCACCUUGAGCAGUGUGACCCUACUCUGGUGAUGCUUAGGAGCCCCAGGCUCUAGUUGGAAAUGCCAAAUGGAAGGCAUGCUCUGGGUUUAACUCCCCGCCCCCUCCCCCCACCAGGCCCCCUUUGUUUGCAAGGAACAGUGUGAAAGGAAACACCACUGACCCUAAGGCUGUAGAGCAGACAGACCUAUCAAACAUGUUAGAUCUGGGGAAUCGUGUAAAUGGUGCCCACAUCUCACCUGAAAUAUGAAAUAUGAACUAUCUCAUAGCUAUUUCAGAUCAGUGAGUUGUUAGGAGGAAAAGCCAAACCAAGAAUUUGGUGUAAAAUCCCAACUGCUUAAUGGGAUCUGCUCUACACCCCAGGACCUGGGGCACUGGACCCAGGCAUAGGAAGAGCACCAGGUGCCGAACUGGGAUCCUGUAAAUUCUAUGAACCAUUCCUCUUAGGUUUGGCUUUUUGAGAUGAUUAAGAUAAUUUUUUAUUCCUUUUUAUACUAUGUCUUAAAUGCUGACUAUUGGUAACCCAAGGAACUUUCCUUUUUAUGUGUAUUUCAACUCCAUCUCUGGCCUUAGCUCCAGUCUACUUCCAAACCUCCUUCUGAACCUAGGAGGACACAUAGCCAACGGGACUCUCUGGUGCCGUGUGCAUCAAACGGAAGGAGGUCCCCAAGCUGGAAACCUUCUAAGAGAAGAUGUCUCCCAGAACCUCCAAAGGACUCCGUCUGCUUCUUGGUUAGACCCAGUCAGCGUUUUGUAGGUGUUCUUGGGGAAAGCGGAGGCCUCUAAUAGCCAUCCCCUGAGUUGCUGUAGCUGGCACCAUGCUGUAAAAGUUGAGGGGGUUGUGAUCCACACCCCAAGGGGAUGCCAGCAUUUCCCUCAUUCUUUUGGCCUAAACGUAACGCUAGCCAGGGACGUUCUGGCUAAUGUUAAAUACGGCUGUAACAACGGCUCUGCAAUCGUUGCCGGUAUAUUUAAAUCAUUAAAUUUCAGCAUUUAGUAAUACUGCACAUGUGUGAAUUAUACCUCUUUAAGCCCCGUUGAUGAACAAAUCUACUCUGGCAAAUGUUAGAUGUUAUGGAUUCGAAACAGAUUUAUCUGGCUCUAAUAUUAAGAUUAGCCACAGUUUGGGCUUUAGCCAUAACAUAUGUCCCCAGAACACAAAAUACAUAACAAUUUGCUUGGAAUAUGGUUAUAAUUACUGAAACCUAGCUGUGUGCCAGUUGAAGUCACUAAUCUACCACCCAUUGUUCUCUUGAGUGACACGAAGGUGAAGAGUUACUGUGCUAUCUAUUUUCAAUGUGCAGUUUUCACAAGAAUGACUUCCAGAGUGUUCCUAUGGACUUUGCGAGGUCAGAGGAAAACGUCAGGAAGGAGCAAAAUCGAAAGCGGGAAUCGUGAGAGCUUCACUCUCUCACGUUGAGGAGCAAGAGCGCAGGACUGGUCCUGGUGGGACAAGAUGCCCCCCCCCCACCCCUCCCUGUCUGUUCAUGGUGCAGGUGCACACACGGACAUUGCGAUGAUUCCUCGUGUUGCAUUCAAACACUGGUGCCUAAUAAAUACUUCUGAUUUGAAUAA